UACAUACACAGCGAGGGUGUUCUUCAUCGAGAUGUGAAACCUUCAAAUUGUUUUUUGACUGCGGAGGGGGAACUACGCCUCGGCGACCUUGGACUAAGUCGUGCAUGGGAUACGGAGGCAUCCAUGACUCACGAAGUCGUUUCGAGGUGGUACCGUGCUCCCGAGUUACUUCUGGGCCAGCGACACUACGGACCCGAAAUUGAUGUGUGGUCAUCAGGGUGCGUAUUUGCGGAACUUCUACGGGGGUACGGUGGUGCUUUUUUUGCAGGCGAUGGAGAUAUUUGGCAGUCGUCACGAAUAUUUGAUGUAUUAGGGACACCGACGCCCACAUCGUGGCCAUCGGCGGUGCUGCUUCCCGAUUGGGGAAAGGUGCACUUUGAGCCGAAGCGUCCUCUUCCUCUCCGUGAAUUUUUCCCGGAUGCCUCUGAAUGUGCAUUGGAUUUGUUGCGAAGAUUACUUUGCCUGGAUCCUCAGAAGCGUUUGACUGCGGCUGGCGCCCUUCGUCACGCCUACUUUAGUGAAUACCCGACGUGA